AUGGUGUUGGAUUCCAUGAAGGUGAUCGGCUUCACCGAGGAGGAGGUGGACUCCGUGUACAAGAUCCUGGCUGCCAUUCUACACCUGGGCAAUCUGUGUUUUGAGAUGGACAGUGACUGCGUGGUUCUGGAGGAUGAGGACCUGGUCCAGUAUAUCGCUGAGUUGACGUGUUGCAACCCUGAAGCAGUACGAAAGACCCUACUAUUCCGCACAGUGGCUGCAGGAGGGGGAGAGAUCAUCGAGAAGGGACAUGGCGUUAAAGAAGCAGCCUAUGCCAGAGAAGCCUGUGCCAAGGCGUUCUACGAAAGGCUUUUCUGUUGGAUUGUUGGGCGUAUCAACAGCAUUAUUGAGGUGAAGAAUUACGAUGCCAGGAUUCAUGGCAAGAAUACG